UUGAGGUAAGGCGGAGGGAAGAGCAGAGAGGAGAGCACGAGGCCACCUCCCAUUCCCACCCCCAUCCUAUGGAUAGAGCGGCCGCGACAGCCGCAGACAUCCUCGUCAUGAUCCCAUCGCCUUCGCCUUCGCCUUUGUAGCACCGCCUCAUCCGCCCGCCCCCUGUUUCUUGGCCACUCGGGUUCCUGGACUGGAUCGGAUUGGAUCCCCGUGCGCCCGUUUCUUGGAGGAGAGAUGGCCGAAAUGGCCGUGACCGUCGCCGGCGCCGCCGGUACCCUCCGGCCGUGCACUGGCGUGUCGGCGCGCGGUGCCGCGGUUCUUGGCCGGUGGCGGCCUCUUGCCCUGGCGGCGCCUGCUAAGCUGAGAUCGUCCUCUUCAGCUGUGAGGGUUCCUAGGGCUACUUCCCCUGCGGCUGUUGAGCAGGAUGGGAGCAACACUGAUACAGACCCUAUCCCGAAAGUUAUAAUAGAUCAAGACUCAGAUCCGGAUGCAACCAUUGUAGAAGUAACCUUGGGUGACCGUCUUGGCGAUCUUGUUGAUACAAUGAGUGCCCUGAAGAACUUAGGGCUAAAUGUUGUUAAAGCUAGUGUCUGCCUCGAUUCUACCGGCAAGCAUAACAAGUUUUCUAUAACUAAAUCGUCCACUGGCCGCAAAAUUGACGACCCAGAGUUGUUAGAAGCAGUACGAUUGACGAUCAUUAACAACAUGAUACAAUAUCAUCCGGAGUCCAGCAGUCAAUUGGCUAUGGGAGCAACAUUUGGGCCAGAAGCCCCUGCAGAACAGGUCGAUGUGGACAUAGCAACCCACAUAGAUAUCUUCGAUGAUGGCCCUGAAAGAAGCUUACUUGUGGUGGAAACCGCAGAUCGUCCAGGGUUACUUGUUGAUCUUGUUAAGGCCAUCUCCGAUAUCAACAUAACUGUCCAAUCUGGAGAAUUUGAUACUGAGGGGCUACUGGCUAAAGCAAAAUUCCAUGUCAGUUAUAGGGGCAAAACUUUGAGCAAGGCUUUGCAACAGGUUCUUUCUAAUAGCUUGCGUUAUUUCUUGAGGCGGCCGACAACAGAAGAUGCCAGCUUCUAGCCAGAUGACCAUGAAUGCCUCGCUCAGUCAUUUACUUAAUUUGUGUGAUGGGAUUCACAUGAAUUGGAUAGUAUCAUCAAAGUUGUUGAAAUACGCACAAUAAUUUUUUGAAGAUGGAUCGGAGGAGGUAUACUUGAUGUUAUGGUGCCACACCUUAUGGUAUUUUUCGUUCGAACGAAGGGGCAUCUGCUGUAUGAAGUUUAGAAGAUUGCGAUGCUUAAAGCAUGUAGCACAUGAUUAUUUUCUACCUGGGAUGCACAUCUGGUGAUAAAUAAAGAUGGAACAUUUUGGGGGCCAUCAUCCAGAUGCACAUCUGGUGAUAAAUAAGAUGGAACAUUGUGGGGGCCAUCAUCCAAUGUCGGGAUAGAAUGCUGUACUCGUUUUGUACAUUUAAUUGUCAGAUUAAUGAAGUUACAUUUAAUCUUCUGGUUAA